AUGUUCACCCCAGAGGUGCUCAUCAGUGCUCCCCGGCGCUCAGCAGGCAUCCCGAAUGCCCUAGGGUCCAAGGUGCUCUACACCACAAGCACCUACAGCUUCAAAACUCACAGCAAGGAGAGCUCGCUCAACGUCUUGCGUACCGCGAACGGCGACGUCCAGGUCCUUGCUCGCAAUGAAGACGUCUCGGACAUGAACUGGCUGGAUGAUGCUGGAGAAGCGUUUGCCUGUCUGCAGGCCAACAACGAUGGCACCACGAACCUCUGCGUUGGCUACGUGCCAUGGAGCUCACCGCCAAACGGGAGCUGGGAAAAACGGCACUAUGUCGCCGGGACUAUUGAUGCAGCGGCAGCGAAUUUGAAGGUCGCUCGAAUCGACGAGACAGGGAGGGAGUUUGCUUUCGUCGUGUCCGCACAGGCAACGAAGGAUGGGAAGCUGUUCAAUGCUGAGAAGGCACCAAAGACUCAGAGUACUGGACGGCUUUAUGACAGUCUCUAUGUGAGGCAUUGGGAUAGCUGGGAGGUUAAGGAGAAGAAUGCUUUGUGGUACGGAAAGUUGUCUCUCAACGAAGACGCCAAGUACACCAUGAGCGGUCUUACGAAUGCCCUAAAGGACACAAAGCUCGAGUGUCCCAUCCUGCCAUUCGGAGGCACCGACAACUUCAACCUCUGCCACAACUGCAUCAUCUUCGUGUCCAAAGAUCGCGAGCUCAACCCGGCGCUGAACACGAAGUCGAAUGUCUACAUCGUCCACCUAAGCUCAUGGGACGGCGGAGAAGAUCCCCCGAAACCGAAACGAGUCAUCAUACCCGACUUCGAGGGUGCGAGCACAAGUCCUGUCAUCUCGCCUGACGGGAGCAAGGCUGCUUUCCUCUCGAUGAAGACUGCUGGCUACGAGGCUGAUAGAAACAUAAUUUUCGUGCUCCCGGAUCUAAACAUGCAAGGAGACUUGACAAGGAAGCGUGCUCUUGCAGCAUAUCGUUGCAACGAUGGUGGUGAGUGGGAUCGGAGUCCAUCAUCGAUCACAUUCGCAUCCGACAACGAGUCGCUUCUUGCCAUUGCAGAAGAAUAUGGCCACUCGAGGCUGUUCAUGGUCGACCCCGACGUGACAAGCAUGGCGAAGCCGCGGAUGCUGACGAAAUCGGGCUACGUGAGUGACUGUCAUCCUCUGCUAGAUGGACGCAUCUUCGUGUCUGGAUCGAGCUUGGUGGACAAUUCGUUCUAUGCCGUCGUAGAUCCGCGACUCCCUGCGGGUGACUCAUCUACAGCUGAACACUUGCUUACUUGGACCAGCUCAAAUUCGAGCGCAGGCAACAAGUUCGGCCUCUCUUCAAAGCAAGUCUCUACCAUUUGGACACCAGCGAGCAACAAGAAAGUACGCAAGGAGAUCCACUCGAUCGUGGUGAAGCCAAGCAACUUCGACUCCGACAAGAAGUAUCCUGUGGCAUACCUUAUUCAUGGCGGCCCCCAAGGCAGCUGGGCGGACAACUGGUCGACUCGAUGGAAUCCGGCUGUCUUCGCUGAGCAGGGUUACAUCGUCGUCGCUCCGAAUCCGACCGGAAGUACAGGGUACGGCCAGGAGUUCACGGAUAGCAUCAAACGCAACUGGGGCGGAGAUCCAUACCAGGACAUCGUGAACUGCUCUGAGUGGGUAGGUGAGAACAUGCCGGAGGCGGACAACGAGAGGGCUGUAGCGUUGGGUGCGAGCUAUGGUGGGUAUAUGAUGAACUGGAUCCAAGGCCACGACCUCGGCCGCAAGUUCAAGGCGCUCGUCUGCCACGACGGCAUCCUCAGCACAGCCGGCAUGCUUGCGACGGAAGAGUUGUACUUCCCCUUUUACGAUCUAGGCGGGACGCCCUGGUAUGAUCCGGGCUUCAAGGACGCCAAUAGGAACAGCGCAGCAGUCCAAGCGAAGCGCAACUUCACCUCAGCGAGCAUGGAAGCCUGGCGCAAAUGGGAUCCAAGCCAGUAUUUCGAGAACUGGUCGACGCCUCAGCUUGUCAUUCACAGCUCGAAGGACUACCGGAUCUGCAUCUCCGAUGGGCUGGCAGCGUUCAAUGUGCUGCAGGCAAGGGGCGUGGAGAGUCAGUUCUUGACGUUUCCGGAUGAGACUCACUUUGUCCUCAAGCCAGAGAACAGCCUAGUAUGGCACAAGACGGUCAUCAACUUUAUCAACAAGCACGUCGACUUCCCACCGCUCACCGAUGAAGACCCAGACAGUGACGAGUUCUGGGGUGACGUGAGAGGAGAGAAGGAAGAAGUGGUAGAAAUGGCUGGCCAGGGGAAGCCCGAGACGUAG